AUGUUUUGGUACCCGCCUGCGGUGUGCUAUUACAAGCGGUUCGGGCCUGGAAUUGAUGAAGACGACACUAAUGCGGCCGUUGCAACAGACGGGAAGGAUAUCCAGCCAUACGCCGCUGGUGAGGGAAACGACUCGAAUGCCGUCAACGGGGCAAACUCGUCGCGCUUCUUAUCUCUCCCGGCGGAGGUGCGGCUGAGGAUCUACUACUGGGCUUACAGGAUGAGUCCGAUCCAGCCCAAGGAACUGGCGGCGGGAUAUCCGAUCCCGAUGCUGUGCCGCUACGUGCUACACCCGCUGGACCCCGAUCUCGAACAACAGAUAGAGCUAGAGAUUGAAAACGAACAGACCAUUAUAGAGCUCGCGAAAGAGCUAAAGGAGAGAAUGCGGGAGCUCAACAUGACGACGCCGGGCCUGCUCAGCUCGGACCGGCCGCUGGCGGGGAUGCCGGCGAGCCUACUCUGCACCUGCCGGCAGGUCUACUUUGAGGCGCGCGAGAUUCCGUUUGCCAACAACGAAUUCGUCUUCCUCAACUGGUUCUCCUCGGGGCUCAACGCGGCAGCGGCCGUGACCAAGUCGCAGCGGCCGUGGCAGCGCCUGGCCAUGCGGUACGCGCGGCUGGAGCUGAUGGCCGAGGACCUGGCUCGGAAGGCGGCCCUGAGCAAGUGGGCGGAGCUGUGCGGCCCCGGACCGUCCGCAUCGUGGACUCGGGGGCUCCGGGGCCUACGGUUGAAAAUUGUGGGCCAGGUCGGCAGGAGGAGCGAGGAGGCAAAGGACGACGACGAGUUUGUUGACGGGCUAGAGGAGGUGGGCGGUGCCAAGCGAUGGGUGGAAGAAGGGCGGCUGGCGGAAAUGGAGAAUCUGGAGAGAUUGGAGAUUGAGAUUAUCAAGAACUCGUGGGGGACUAUGGAAAAGAUGGCGUGGUGUGCGGCUGUUGAAGAGGCGUUGAGGGAGAAGGGGUCCAAGGCGAUGGUUGUGAGCAUGGGCAGGAUCCUGUGA